AUGGAUGUCUCAGAGUUUGCAGAUUCUCAAAGGACGCAUUAUAUAGCGAGGCCCACAUACAAUGUGUCGGAAUUUGUGGAAAAGAGCAACAGUGAGACUGAGGAGUCUUUAGGAACAGUGCCCUUUGUGAAAUUAUUGGAUGGUGAGGAGACCAAUGUUGCUGUGCUGAAGAGAUGGGAGUUGUACCAUUUGCUUUAUUCUAAUUUUCAUAACCAAGUUGAUGAUAUUGUAAACAAUAUUGAGACUGAUUUGAAAGAUGAAGUUAUGAGUGUUUUACUUAAUCUUCCAAAUAGACAGGAUAACUAUGGCAAGCCAUGUUUCAAUACGCUGUUCUUGUUGGGAUCUGAUAGUUCGCUUGCGGUUGAUCUACCAAAUAAUGAUCCCGAAACCAUUGAUGUGCUGAUUGACUUGACCCCUAAGGAGUCCCCAAAUGUGAGAAUGAUGCUGAGAAGAUCAAUGUUUAAACUCAUUCAGACCGCUGAUAGUAUUUUGUCCGGUACAACCAAGAUAAAAACUGAAUUGGAAGAUGACGACGACAAUGAAGUGCCGGAUUUCUCUGUUAGUUCAGAUAAAAUUACAUAUGAUUUAACUCUACUGGAAAACUUCAAAGAAGUAUUUGGUAAAAACCUAAACAUAGUAUUCAAUUUCAAAGAUGUUGACUCUAUGGGUGCGAUAGUACUAGAUAAUUUCGUCGAACUGUUAAGCAGGGCUCUGAAGAAUGAUCAUGUAAAGAUUAGUCUUAUUUUCAAUAUUAAUACAAAUCUAUCCAACUUUGAAAAGAAUUUUAGACAAUCAACUAUUAGACUAUUAAAAAGACACUUCCAUAAGAUCGAUGUUUCGAGUAAUAAAGGUUACAAAUAUGGUAACAGAAUUUUUCAAAGCUUCUUGGACACCGUUGAUGGUAAAUUGAACUUGUCAGAUAGAUUUGUCGAGUUCGUUAUCGAAAAGAUGUCUAACAACUCGAAUCACAACUUACAACUAUUGAUCAAGAUUCUUGAUUACUCUUUGAUGGCGUAUUUUUUUGAGAAUCCAUUCUCAGUUUUUAUUGACCCUGUUAACAUAGACUACUUAAAUGAUGAAUAUUUGAACAGAUUAGUACGGUGCCCUACGUUUAUGUUUUUCAUCGAAGGUUUGAUUAAAGACAAUGCUAACACAUCGGAGGUUCUUGCGUUACUGGAUAACACUGAUGGUAACCUUGUGAAUUUCUUUGUUGAAUUUCUUGUCAGAGAGAAUCCUAUUAAUGGCCAUGCCAAGUACGUGGCCAAUUUUCUUGAAACAGAGCUUGGUAUCAAGAAUUAUAAUCUGAUAGAGUUAUACCACAAUUUGUUACAAGGUAAACUAAAAGACUAUUUAUGGAGGUGGAAAAGCUGUCAGGAGCACAUUGAAAAGCUAGACUUCGAACCUGUUGACACAAUGUUCCAGGAGCUAUUCACAUUGGAUCACAACAACGGGUUAUUGUCUCAGUCUUUAUUCCCAUUUUAUAGAACUAACGUUGAGAACAACCUGCUAAAUUGGGAGCAAGUACUUCCUAUUAAGGAAGCACCAGCACCUGAAUCAAAAGUGUUACAAGAAUUGAACAGGAAAUUAAACCCAAUUCUGAGCCAUUUGUUCAAGCUAUACAGAGAAGCGAACAACCAAAUUAACACAUAUGACUUCUAUAUGGUAUUCAAGGAAACAAUGCCAAGGGAUAUUAUUUUAGACUACGUUAAGGAACAAGCACAGGAAAACCACUCGCUAGAGACACUACUAGAUAAACCGGAUGCAUUCGAUAAGAUUUCAUUAAUAUUAUUUAUGCAAGCCAUUGUUGACUUCGAGAUGAUUGGAAUAUUGAAACCAGCCGGUAAGGGCCAUGACGUUAUGGAGAAAUGCAUAUGGAGAGGCCUAUAA